AUGUCAUUGAACGUAACAGGGGCGUUCAGCAACAUCAAUGCUGUCCAGCGGUUGAACGCCGAGGAGCUUCGGCUGGGCAUCAGUGGGGAGGCCUCGUGGCACCACCAGUACAAGGAUUCCUGCUACAUCUAUAUUGGUGGAUUAGACCCGCGUCUGACAGAGGGCGAUGUUGCGAUUGUUUUUUCCCAAUGGGGAGAGCCCAUUGAUGUCGUCCUCAUCAGAGAUCAAAAGACAGGCGUCCCCCGGGGGUUCGGAUUUUUGGGGUAUGAGGACCAACGUUCAACAAUCUUGGCAGUUGAUAAUGCAAACGGCAUGAAACUUUUGCAAAGAACUCUUCGUGUUGAUCACUGCAAGGAUUUCAGGCCACCAAAUGCAGACAAAGAGGGUUGUGAGUACCAGCCCACAGGCGCCGAGGGUGCAGGGAUCGAUAAGUAUUUGGUUACGAAGAGGGAGCAGCAACUUAGCAAGUCGCGUCAGCAACAGCAGCGACUGCAGGAACAGCGAAAGCAGCAGGCAAUGGCCCGCGCCGCUGAGGGGGGUAAAGAUGUAGACGAAAUGUGGGCUGAAGAGUUUGAACUGAUGCUCUCGAAGAUGAAUGAGCAAGCGGAUGCUGAGGUGUCGGAAUUGAUGCAAGAAGACAGGAGGCUUAAGAAGAAGUUGAAAAAAGAGAAGAAGCGCCUAAAGAAGCAAAUUAAGAAGCACCAGCGUACAACUAGCAAGAGGCCUCCCGAGAGGCAAGAGACAGAGAUCCCCGAGACGAGCGUUCUAGACGAAACAAAGAAAAGAGCAGCGACAGAGGGUUGGAGAGGGAAAGGCACGGGCGCAAAAGUAGAAGCCGAGACAGAAGCAGAAUCGGGUGAUAGCCGAAACGCAGUUUUCCGUUCCACUGCUUGCAGCUAUACAGGAGGGCCCUGGGAGCCAUCCCCAUGUGCGGCACGACUUUCUCCGCAGCGCCUCAAAAAAAGCAAGAAACAUGGAUUUCAAGAAACAUGGAAUUCAAGACGCAUAGGAUGGUGCAAAGCAGCGAGGUCCGCUGAGUAA